AUGGGUCGACAGAAUCGCAUUCUAGCAUCAUUGCUGGUGCUGGCGUGUACAAGCUCGAGCGCCUGGGCGAACAAAAAGGCGUUCAACAUUCAUGACGAUCUACUCGCAUUCCCUCAGUUUCAGGUCCUCUUUCCGGAUGAAUACAUCCUCGAAUCGCAGGCUCAGGAGCUCCUCCGGACGCAAGCUGCCUCACCCAUCCACGACAACCAUGGCCAACAACAGCCCCUCUCCGAGCAGAAGUCGACACAAGUGUACACGGAAGACUCCUCUACCGAACCGCAUCCCCCACACGACACCACACCCGAGUUAACCUACGAGGAGAUGAUUCUCGAUGACCGACGCUUCUUCUGCCAAAUUCCGCGGGUCGAAACCAAUGAUAAUCGGACGAACGGAAGCGAGCACGCCAGCGAAGCAGACGAGAAGCGGGAGCUUGCCCGCGCGACAGACCGAGGCAUGGAACUGCUCCGCGAGAUGGAGGGCAAAUGCAUGUACUACGUGUCCGGAUGGUGGUCGUACUCGUUCUGCUACAAGAAACAAGUGAAGCAGUUCCACGCGCUGCCGUCCGGCAGCGGUAUCCCGAAUUACCCGCCCAUGGAAGACCCGACUACGCUCUCGUUCAUUCUCGGCAAGUUCCCCAACGCUGAUCAUGACGACGAGGAUGAUGCGGAGCCCGAGCGGAGGAAAUCUUCUUCCACGUCCUCCUCGUCAUCGUCGACUACCGAUGUGGCGGAGCUGCAGACCAAAGGCGGCUCCCGGUAUCUCGUGCAGCAUCUCCGCGGCGGAACGCGCUGUGACUUAACGGGCCGGGACCGCAGGAUCGAAGUGCAGUUCCACUGUCACCCGCAGUCGACAGACCGCAUCGGCUGGAUCAAGGAGCUCACGACGUGUUCCUACCUCAUGGUGAUCUACACGCCGCGGCUGUGCAACGAUGUGGCUUUUCAGCCGCCGCAGCAGGACGAGGUGCACUCCAUCGAGUGUCGCGAGGUUCUGUCGGCUGAGCAGGUGCCCGAGUGGGAGGCGAUGCGGGACUACCACCUCGCGCAGCAGCUGGUGGAUGCUGCCGCCGCCGCGACGCCCGAAUUUCCAAUUGUGGGGGAUAUUGAGGUCGGGGCGCAGCGGCUGGUGGGCACCGAGGGCAAAGAGAUUGAAAAGGGGCGUGUGGCCUCGGCGGGGGAAGAGAAGGUGGAUGUGGUCGCUAAGCGCGAGAACGGCGAGGUGCAGUCAUUGUCGCGGGAGGAACUGGAGAAGUUCGAUCUUGAUCCGAAGAAGAUUGAGGACCUGCGUAAGCGACUCGAGGAGUUGGCUCAGGGUAAGGAUUGGACCUUGGAGAUGGUUACGGCCAACGGCGAGCGCGGAUUACGCGGGAUUGUGACUACGGAUGAUGACAGCGACGACGAGGACGCGCGAGAGAGUGCUCAGGGAGAAGACGCUGGCGGUGAUGAGGGUACAGCCACGGAGAACCCGUCGCAAGAAACGGCGCCCAAGCGUGAGACGCCCCAGGCCGACGAAGAGGAGGAGGGCAGUGAGGAGAUUUUCAAAGAUGAGCUGCUGGAGAACGUGACGGCGCCCAACAUGGGUUUCCUCGGGAUAUACACGGCCAUCUACGAUUACCAGCCCCAGGCGCAGGGUGAAUUAGAGCUGCGCGAGGGCGAUUUACUCUAUGUUCUCGAGAAGAGCGCCGAAGACGAUUGGUGGAAGGCCAAGAAGAAGGCCGAGCGGGACGAUGAAGACGAGCCGGAGGAGGAGACCUCCCAUGCCCCGGCGCCAUCGGUCCCAUCCCCUCCACCGGCCGAGCCCUCGCCUCCUUCCCUUCCGCAGCGCCCGGCCGCCGUGCCCACGGAAGAACCCAAUGGGGCUCCCGCCACCUCCCCUAUUGAUACCGUCCAGAACCCGGCCGCUGCAGCCAUCGCCGAUAUCAUUCACAAGCAACAUGCCGCUGCUCCAGAGCCAGAGCCCGCUCGAACUGUACCGCCGCCCCCGCAGCCGUCCUACGAGCCGGAAGACGAUUACCACCGGGAGCCGUCUCCUCCGCCACCGACGUUGCCGCGACGGCCUCCCUCAGAACAUGUUGCUUCGCCUGUUAGCGCGGAGUCGCCAGCCUCGCCAUCCCUGCCUCCGCGUCCCCAGCUUGGCGGACGGCCGGAAAGAGGUCAUGUGAAGGAAUCGCCCCCGGACAAUCGAGUCGGACAACCCACACCCCGGUCACCGUCCGGAUACCACAUCUACAACAUCAAUGAGAUGGUGGAGGUCAUGGGCAAGCGAAAGAAGAUGCCGACUACUCUUGGAAUCAACAUCGCUACAGGCACCAUCUUCAUUUCGCCGGAGCGAGAUGGCGACAUGCAGGAGUGGACUGCCGACAAGCUGACCAACUAUUCACUGGAAGAGAAACAUGUGUUUGUCGAUCUCGUACGUCCCAGCAAGAGUGUUGACUUCCAUGCUGGCGCCAAGGAUACUGCGCGAGAGAUCGUUGCUGCGCUUGGGGAGAUUUCCGGCGCCUAUCGCGCAGAGGGUCUGAAGGAAAUCAUCGCCGCUGGUUCUGGUGGUGGAGCAAAGAAAAAAGGCCAGGUGCUGUAUGAUUUCAUGGCUCAGGGUGAUGACGAGGUCACCGUGGCUGUCGGUGACGAAGUCGUCGUGUUGGAUGACACCAAGUCCGAAGAGUGGUGGAUGGUCCGGCGCAUGAAGAACGGCAAGGAGGGUGUGGUCCCCAGCAGCUAUGUCGAGAUCACCGGUCUCUUGUCCCCGCCUCCUCCCGCGGCGCGGAUUGAGUCCGGCUUGUCUGCGGUGGAGAGGAACCGACUGGAGGAGGCGCGUCUCGCCAAGGAGGCAUCGCGCAAAUCAAGAACGGACUCGAUGGAGUCGCGAGGUGUCGAGGCCCAGCACCAGAAGCGUGAAAGCCGGCACAAGUCAAAACCCGAUCCGACGAAAACACGGAGCUGGACUGAUCGCACCAAGACGUUCACGGUCGAGGCCCAGUUCAUCGGUCUUCAGGAUGGCAAGAUCCAUCUGCAUAAGAUGAAUGGCGUCAAGAUUGCUGUUCCCAUUGCGAAGAUGUCCAUCGAAGAUUUGGAAUAUGUCGAAAAGAUGACCGGCGAAUCCCUUGAUGAAGACAAGCCUCUAUCCGACAUUCGACGCCGCUCCCAGUCUCAGCGUGAGGCAGAAAAACCAAAGAAGGCUGCCGCCGGCGCUUCCUUCCAACAGUCGGACUAUGACUGGUUUGAUUUCUUCCUGAAGGCGGGUGUUGGCCCGCACCAGUGUGAGCGCUACGCUCAAAACUUUGUCAAGGACUCCAUGGACGAGAGCGUUCUUCCGGACAUCACCCCCGAAGUCCUUCGCACUCUUGGACUAAAGGAGGGUGAUAUUCUGCGAGUUAUGCGCUACCUUGACAACCAAUACGGCCGGACGGGUGCGAAGUCCAAGUUGCGUAACGUGAGCUUCGGUGGAGAGGAGGUCAUUGGCAAUGGCGAGGAUGGUGGCCUCUUCGCCGGCCCUGGUGGCAUGCUCCGUAACAACACGCGCAAGGGCCGACCGGCCCCUGCUGUUCAGACGGGUGAUCCGCCGGUUCAGAAGCAGCUCACUGGGGCGAUGGCAGACCUCUCUCUUCUGACCAACCAUCCUCCCCUUCAGCCACAACCUUCCCAACCGCCGGCACCUCAAGCCACGGCAGCUCCUGCGAUCCAGCCACAGCUAACUGCAGUACCUGCGGCCCAACCGCAACAGCCGCAGCAGACAGGGGCUACUCCUGGGUUCUUCUCCCAGCUGGGACAGCCUGCACAGCAACAGCAGCCUCUGCAAAAUGCCGCGCAAGGGUUCAGCCCUCAAGCCACUGGUUUCCAGCAAGCUUCCCGCCAGCGGCCACAGCCUCCUCCACAGGCCUUGGGCUCCAACACGUUGCUUCCUCCCCCUCCCCAGCGACCCCUCUCCGCACCCCAAAACUUCCCCCAGCAAUCGAGCACGUUUGGUCCACCUCCUUUGCAGCCUCAGCUUACUGGACUGCCUCAAGUUGGUCCUCCAGUGGCUCCGCCUGGACAGAGUCUCGCCGAACUCCACCAGCAGCGAUUCCAACCGAAUCUGCAACCCCAACCCACCGGCCCACAGGGUUCCAGCCACAGUCUCAAUUUUGGGAUCCAACAGCAACAAACAGGCUUCCAGGGCCUUGCACCUCAACCUAACGGCGCUUUGGUGUCUUCCAGCCGCAACCCGCAGCAGCCAAUGCAAGACACGGCAUCAACUCUGUCCUUCCCCCGCCCUUGCAGCAUCAGCCACCCGGGUAGGAAUGGUGUCAGUAGCGUACCUUUCAACGCAUCGCCACCGCCUGUACCCCCGAUUCCCCAACAGCCCACCGCAGCGCCUUUGCAGCCUCAGAAGACUGGCCCUGCGCCGCCAGUCAGAUUUGGUGUGAAGCCGGACGCUCCGAAGAAGCUUGCCCCGCAACCUACAGGCAUGAGGGCAAACCUUGCGCAAGCCACACCUUCGAAUCCAUUCGGUUUCUGA